AUUCAUCCUAGUGGAAGAUCAAUGGAAGUGAAAACCUCUGAUGAUCGUGUCAUAACAGUCAAUUUUAAUCGGCCAUUGAUCGAUUCUGUUAAAGGUCUUGUGGAAAUCCAUGGAGUUGGAAGUGGUAAAAAUGUAAUGACAGGGGAAUUCUUUGUUGAGUUUCCUGAAGAAAUGUCAGAAACUUUUGGUAAGUUUUUUUAUUGCACUGAUUUUAUCAUAAUAAAAGACAAAAUUAAUUAUAUUUUGCUUAGGAAAUGUAUAUCAUACCAAAUGUAAAAUUUCCAAUGUUGUCCAAUUUUAGAAUUGUCUAAACAAUUUCCCUGCGUGAAAAGACAGUGAUAUUGUGAGUCUCUGAUACUUUGAUAUGAAUGACUGACACUUUCUAUGUAAGAAAAUGUAGGGUUCAAGAUAUUUGGCCAAAUAAUAUUCUACCAUUUUUUAGCUAUUUUGUUGUAAUCAGGUGUCUAACAAGCAGGAAAUAUCAUUGAGAGUAUUUUAGAUAUGAAAAAAAAGCUGGAAUUAUGCAAGACUUUUAUUUCUCUAUGGAUUUUUAUUAUUAUUGUACAUAUGUGUUUCAUAUAAUU